UGAAGUGAGGUGACUGUAAGGGACAUUUCCCAACUGUGCCACCAAAUUGCUUCUUCUUGGGUCUUCUUCACCUUCCCUUUUCACUAGGGUUUGCAUCAGAUUCCCCCAAUUUUUUCUUGUGUGUGCUUUCACUAGAUUUUGUUCAAUAUGACUCAAGAUCUAGAGAUGAAGGAUCGCUCAACGCCUUCCAACUCCGUUUCUUCACCUGCUCCGUCUACUCUGCAGCAUUUGAGGGAGAUAGCUUCGCUUAUCGAGACCGGUUCGUACUCGAAGGAAGUCCGUAGAAUUGCUCGUGCGGUUCGCCUUACAAUUGCGUUGAGGCGUAAAUUAACAUCGUCGAUUAUCUCGUCUUUUCUUGAUCAUGUCCUCACUCCUGGUUCUGAAGCUCAUGCCAAAUUGUCUGCGUAUCUUCCGAAGGAGGAUGAUCACGAGAUGGAAGUGGAUGCCGCAACAUCUGCAAUUCAAACCCCAGCUAAACACUUGUUGCCCGAGCUAGAAAUCUAUUGUUACCUGCUUGUACUACUUUUUCUGAUUGAUAAAAAAAAAUACAAUGAGGCCAAAGCUUGUUCCUCAGCUAGCAUUGUUUGGCUGAAGAACACUAACAGGAGAACUGUUGAUGUUAUUGCAUCCAGACUGUAUUUUUACUAUUCAUAUAGCUAUGAGCUUACGGGAGAUCUUGCUGAAAUCCGUGGCAACCUCCUUGCAUUGCACCGAAUUGCCACCCUGCGCCAUGACGAGUUGGGCCAGGAAACACUUCUUAAUUUGUUACUCCGUAACUACCUUCACUACAAUCUAUAUGAUCAGGCAGAAAAGUUGAGGUCUAAGGCUCCUCGAUUUGAAGCGCACUCAAACCAACAGUUCUGUCGUUACCUCUUCUACCUUGGGAAAAUUCGGACUAUUCAAUUGGAGUAUACAGAUGCAAAAGAGUCUCUCCUGCAGGCUGCCCGGAAAGCUCCAGUUGCUGCACGGGGGUUUCGAAUUCAAUGUAACAAGUGGGCUGUGAUAGUUAGGUUACUGUUGGGAGAAAUACCAGAGCGCACUGUUUUUAUGCAGAAAGGAAUGGAAAAAGCUUUAAGGCCUUACUUUGAGCUUACAAAUGCUGUACGGAUUGGAGACUUGGAACUGUUUAGGAAUAUUGCAGACAAGUUUGCCACUACUUUUAAUGCAGAUAGAACCCAUAAUUUGAUUGUUCGAUUGCGGCAUAAUGUUAUCAGGACUGGUCUACGUAACAUCAGCAUCUCCUAUUCCCGCAUCUCCCUAGCUGAUGUUGCUAAAAAACUGAGGUUGAACUCUCCGAAUCCUAUUGCUGAUGCUGAGAGCAUUGUAUCAAAGGCUAUUCGUGAUGGUGCAAUUGAUGCUACAUUGGAUCAUGCCAACGGGUGGAUGGUGUCCAAGGAAACCGGAGAUAUUUACUCCACAAAUGAGCCUCAGUUGGCCUUUAAUUCUCGAAUUGCAUUCUGUCUUAACAUGCACAAUGAGGCAGUACGAGCACUUCGUUUUCCACCAAACACACACAAAGAGAAGGAGAGUGCUGAAAAGAGAAGAGAGAGACAACAACAGGAGCAGGAGCUGGCCAAGCAUAUUGCAGAGGAAGAUGACGACGAUUUCUGAGAAAUAUCUUUUUUCACCCUACCAAAUGCUAUCAGGGCACCUUCAUGUCCAACCCUUGCUGAUGUUUUUCUUUUGGAGAACCUCCAUUAUCCUUUCCUUCUCUAGAGGUGAUUUUUUUUAAUUUUCAUUGUGGAAGAUAUCUGAAAGUCAGUUUAACACAUUAAAAUAUGUUCUGUUUGUAUUCACAUCCAUUAGGACUGCUUUGUUUUGUUCCUUAUCCGGAGAAUUAUGUUUUAGGACCUGAAGAAAAAAUCAAUUGUUAGUUAUCAUAUCAAUUCUGUUAAGAAGUUCGGAAAACUGUUGCUCUGAAGGAUGUAUUAAUCAUAUCUUUACAA